UUCUGGGUACGCGGCCUAGUGCCACCGCUUCCCUCAGUGGACGCAACAUGGAGGGCAGGCCGGCCUCGACGCCAGGGCAGGCCGCGGGGGAGAGUAGCGGAGGAGCAGGAGCAGGCCCGGCGAGGAGGCCCACCCGGCUGCCCUCGGCGGGGAGCGGCGGGGCGACCACCACGACAACGGCCUCGGCCUCCUCGUCCCGUCAGCCGAGCGUCGAGGCCCUCGACAGUCCCACAGGAUCCCAUGUGGAAUGGUGCAAGCAACUCAUUGCUGCUACGAUUUCCAGCCAGAUUUCGGGUUCCGAGACUGUACCCAGAGACUACCGAGUGUUCAAGAGGCCUACUCUAAGGGAGAUUCAGGAUGGACACAAUGGCUAUACUUCUGACGCAGAAGUUGACCAGGUGCUGAGGGAUGCCAACAAACUGGCCCAGAUGGAGGAAGCCCCGCUUUUUCCUGGAGAAUCAAUCAAAGUGAUCGCGAAAGAUGUCGUGUAUAUCUGUCCAUUUAUGGGAGCCAUCAGUGGGACGCUGACAGUGACAGACUUCAAAAUGUAUUUCAAGAACGUUGAAAGGGAUCCACAUUUUACUCUUGACGUUCCUCUUGGAGUGAUAAAUCGGAUUGAAAAGAUUGGAGUGCAGAGCCACGGAGACACCUCCUGCGGGAUUGAAAUUGUUUGCAAGGAUAUGAGGAACUUGCGGCUUGCCUAUAAACCGGGAGAAAACAGACUGGAGAUUUUUGAGCACCUCAUUACUCGAGCAUUUCCUCUUUCUCACGGGCUUCCGUUCUUCACCUUCAGCUAUCGAGAGAAAUUUCCCACAAAUGGCUGGAAAGUUUACGACCCAAUCGCGGAAUACAAGAGGCAGGGUUUACCCAACGAGAGUUGGAAAAUAUCCAAAAUCAACAGCACGUACGAAUUUUGUGACACGUAUCCUGCCAUCCUUGUUGUGCCAACGAGCGUAAAGGAUGACGACCUCUCCAGAGUCGCAGCCUUCAGGGCAAAAGGCAGAGUUCCGGUGUUGUCUUGGAUCCACCCCGAAAGCCAGGCCACGGUCACGCGCUGCAGCCAACCUCUGGUCGGCCCGAACGACAAGCGCUGCAAGGAAGACGAGAAGUACUUGCAGACCAUCAUGGAUGCCAACGCUCAGUCUCACAAACUGUUCAUCUUCGACGCCAGGCAGAACAGCGUCGCAGACACAAAUAAGGCCAAAGGGGGUGGGUACGAAAGCGAAGGGGCCUACCCCAAUGUGGAGUUGGUCUUCUUGGAAAUCCCCAACAUCCACGUGAUGCGAGAGUCCCUGCGCAAGCUGAAGGAGAUCGUGUACCCCACCAUUGAUGAGUCUCGGUGGCUGUCCAACGUGGAAAGUACACACUGGCUGGAAUAUAUACGGAUGCUUCUUGCUGGUGCCGUGAGGAUCGCUGACAAGAUCGAGUCUGGGAAGACGUCGGUGGUGGUCCACUGCAGCGACGGCUGGGACCGUACGGCGCAGCUGACCUCUCUAGCCCUGCUCAUGCUGGACAGCCACUACAGGACCAUCAAAGGCUUUGAGGUCCUCCUCGAGAAGGAAUGGAUGAGCUUUGGGCACCGUUUUGCCAUGCGGGUGGGUCAUGGCGACAAUGACCAUGCUGACGCUGACAGAUCCCCCAUCUUCCUUCAGUUCAUCGACUGCGUUUGGCAAAUGACAAAACAGUUCCCAGCCGCCUUUGAAUUCAACGAGCUGUUUUUGAUCACCAUUUUGGACCACCUUUACAGCUGCCUCUUUGGCACCUUUUUGUACAACUCUGAACAUCAGCGAGUUAAAGAGGAAAUAAGCACAAGGACGGUCUCCCUGUGGUCCUACGUCAAUAGCCAGCUCGAUGAAUUCAGCAACCCUUUCUACGUGAAUUACGAACACCACGUCCUGUACCCUGUUGCCAGCCUAAGCCACUUGGAAUUGUGGGUAAACUAUUAUGUGCGAUGGAAUCCACGCAUGAGACCUCAGAUGCCAAUCCAUCAGAACCUGAAGGAGCUCCUGGCCAUCCGAGCUGAGCUGCAGAAGCGGGUGGAAGAGCUGCAGCGAGAAGCCGCCACGCGCUCCAUCUCUUCCUCCUCCGACCGCGGCUCCUCCCCGGCGGCCACUCCGGUGCACACCUCCGUCUGACACGGGACUAAAGAGCAAGGUACAUACAUGCCAGGCGGAGCGGAUGACGGGGGCGACACGUUCCUUUCCAAGUGUCCAUCGCAUCCAGGCCAAAAGUGUUGCUUUGCCUGUGAUUUCGUAGCAGUGAAGGUUGCUAGAAUGUCUUCAGCGUCUUUUUGUGUAUAUAUUUUUUGAGAUGUCUUAACUGAAUUUACACUUUGGUAUGAGCAACCUGUGACAAAGUGGGCGAAGGCAGUGCCAAGGUGGCCCAACCGGAGGAGGACCCCGAUUUCUGAGAAGGGAACCUCUUUGGUCUGCUUAGGAAGAAGAAAAAGCCACAUCAAAUACUAUGCUUCUCCGAACACAGUUGUAUAGGAUCGAAUGCACUUUGAGAAUGGAUUUACUUUUUUAAACAGUAGAGGCAUUUGUAUAUUUUGAAAAAUAUUUUGAAUAAAUAUGCCAUUGAGUAUUGA